GACAAGAGCUGCAAAACAACAGCAAGGAAAAGUUGUUCACAAAAAGCUGAUUGUUCGAGAAAAACUGUUGUGCAAUAUAUGGAAUCAAGUUCGUUCGAUCUUACCGAACAUAUUGCAGUAAUAUGAGAGCGAGAUCUUAGAAGAGAGUAUAGUACAAUCAAAAUAUGUAUACUGUCCAAGAAAGUAUUUUCAGAAUAAAGUUCACGAUAACGAUCAAUCAGAAGUACAACUGAUACGUAUUCUACGCAACCAGCGUCUCAAUGUUACAGACCCCACCCACGCGAACAGUUGAUGUGCCUGUUGAAAAGUAAGUCUAGAGGUGAUUAUUCUUUGUAGUCGCACUAUAAUCAGUAAAAGAAAAAGGAUAAAGCUGACUGUCUUCUAUGAUUUAAUGACGUCGUCCUCUACUUCUACUUCUGUGUAAAUUUUUUCCGACGAGAAUGUCUUCCUCGCCUUUGCGGUCGGUACUAGCGCAACUCACGACGACCUCAUCUCAAAAAUGCCUGGCAAGAACUGGGGACUACAGCCAGUUUUCUCGCUGUGCUUUUCUGGCGGGGGGACGGAAACACCAGUCAGCCUAAAUAUGCUCCUCUGGUGACCAAGACAACGCGCGAAGAUAACUACUCUCAUACAGCACUUUCAAUCAGUACUAGAGGACGCCCAAAUAAACCAGCCUGACUGCCAAGAUGAGGGAGAUAAAGAUCGUUGUGGAUAACGUCACAGGGUGCGAGUUCGCACUUGAUGGCGCUUGGUUCAUGCCCCAGACCGACUUUGCUCCGCACAGCCAAGUUGACUCCUUUCAUUCGUCUGCGGUGCUGCACUUCCAGGUAAGAGUUUAUUUUGGGAGUAUCAACACGUUUUAGUUGUUGUGCGUCUGCCGUGUUGCAGAUUUUCAGGUAAGUAUCUGUGAUUGGCAAUAUCUUAAACUUAUAUUGUGAUGAUAGUUGGCGACAUGUCUUUACCAUAUUACAGCCUGCUUUUUCUUAAACUAGCCCACUAACAAGUGCUGGUGCAAAUUUCACGUUUCAAAUGUUUCCCAGGCGCCGCUUUCACAAGCAUUAGGUGGCGCAGUGCGGUUCUGGGAGAGAUUGCCAGUUGCCCAAAGGCGGCAUCGUAGACGACAGGAAAUUAUGAUAUUUUAAUUUUUUGUUUGCUAGUUAGGAGUGCUCCACCGAUGAUAUUAUAGAAGACAAAUAUUUAUAAAUGUUCUACAUCAGACUCUCUAGAGUAGAUUUAAAGGUAGAAAGUAGUGUAGCCUUACCAGCUGUAGGUUGUAGUCGUGUUUUUGGCUCUUCAGUAGCCACUGAAGUCUGCUGGUUUACCUAGUGGACCCACACCUAACCUAGCCUAACUCUCUAUAGUAUGAAGCUUCAUUGCCUACCCUGCUCUUUUACCAUGAUGAUCAACAGGUACGUUGGAUAGACGUCAUGAUUAUUUAUCAUAAUAAUGAUGAAAUACGAGGGGCUCUGGAUGAACACCUAGUAUCGAACAAAGCCCUCUCGUUCCGCCUCUAAUACAAAAGUAGACACUUCAGCGGAGCAAGACGGGAGGUUGGAUCCAGCUGAUGGCAGUGGAGCGAGACCUAGAAAGGAGUAUGGACGUCAACUUUGUAUUGCUUUCGGAAGUCCGCAUCCGGAUAAGGAGUACCAAAUGUUAGAGCAGGAAAUUCCGGAACAAGUGAAAAGUAAACCUGAACAAGGCGGGUCGUCCGCUGGUGCUUCUUCGGGAUCGACAACAAGAACGAGUCAGGGCAAGUUAUCACCUUUGGCCUUGAAUCUGCGGAAUGAGUGGGCACGAGCUGCGCAACAAGCAGGUGAUGCACCUUUUACACUGCUGGUUGGUCCUUGCGAUGGCCACGACGGGCUCGGCACGGGAGAGGGGAUGGUCGGGCAACAAACCUGCAGAUGGGAAGUAGUGGCAGAAGAUUAUGUUGAUGACACAUAGGAAUUUAUUCAACUUUGUUGAAGAGUAGACCACAAGGUCGUCGAUGUUGGUUAGGUACUGCAGUGUAAUUAUGGAAUAAGUAGCUUAUUUUUAGUUUGUUUCAGUUGUAAGCAGAAGUAGAAAUCACACACGGCCAUGUACUUUAUCGUCGCGGACGUUAGUACAAUCCUCCUCUAAUAUAUAGACGACAGCACCAUAGUUCGCCUGCGGAUGGAGGGUUCCAACGACGUCACUGUGAGACAAAAACAUGUACAGCAAAGUGGAAAGAAGGUGCCGACGUCCUCGGAAGGUAGACGCUUGUCCAAUACUAUCCAAAGCAAGGACAUGUGCAAUGGCGGACCACAAGACACCAACAGCAGACCACAAGACACCAACAGCAGACCACAAGACACUGCUUACAACUCUGCUUCGUCGCAGAGAAUAUCGUACAGUACCGCUUCCACGUCGUCCUCCACUAGCAGUCGAGUCACACGAGCAUCUGCGUCGUCCGACAGAGAUCCAGGGGGAAGAGGGAGAAUUAUGCUCGCGGGUUGAUUUGUUCGCACAUAAAGAAAUUACUGGGAAUAACUAGAAGUAGAAGAAGGAGUUAGAAUGAGCGAAAGUGAAACAGUGUGAUUCAAUAACCUAGUGGAAAAUGUUGAAGUGAGUAGCAACACCUCUAGGUAUGAUUCAUAGUCCCUUCUAAUACAUGAGAAGUAGACGCCUCAGCACGAAGUGCAGGCUCUUCAGCAGCACGACCACAACGUAGUAAAAACAACCCAGCAGACAACAAUAACGAGUCCGGAGAUGAUGGUGAAAAUGGCCCAAAAGAACAUGUGCUUACGCCUGAGCAAAUUGCAGCACAUGAAGCAUUACAACAGCAGAUGGCGCUCAGAAUGGCAGAUGCAGAGGAGGUUGCAGAUUUGAUAAAGGAAACCGAAGUUGAUAUCAAUUUAUGAAACAAGGAUAGGAAAAAAUAGAAAGAAAUACCUUGACAUAAAAGUGAUAAGCGAUGACGUAGACAUGAAAAAAACAAACGCAGCUAGGUCUUGGUCUUCACCUGAAGAUUGAGAAUCUGUCGACAGCCAUCUUCUCUAAUUUUCCGACUACGUGACUUGGAUGAUAACGGCAAGAGUGACAUCAUACUCGCUUUCGCUCUUUGUGCUGCUCAACAACUUGCUGGAGAUCUGGCUGCUUUAUUACGCGUCGUCGAAAAAGAGGAUGAGCCGGAUCAAGCGGGAGCUGCUGUUGUCGUGAGUGCUACUGCUAACGCUAGUUCCAGUAAACCUGUCCCUGCUACUACUACCGCUACAGCCAACACACCAGCAGCAUCGUCUGGCGGUCCCUCUUCUAUAGCAAUAACUAGUUCUAGUGCCACUAGUGCUGGUAAAGGCGCUGGCUCCGCCGGUAAGGAUAAGCAAGGAUCAACAUCAGCGACUUCGCCUGCUGGUUCAAUAGCCUCUUCAACAUCUGCAGGAAAGAACCCAAAUGCUAGUGGUAUUAGUACGACAGUACAGAACUACUCAGCUGAGAAGAGCCCUUCUGGUAAAGAAAAAUUUUUGAACGAGCAGCAGGGUGGGUCUCUACCAUCUAAGCUUCCCGCGAAUAAGGGCGUGACUUCGAGUAGUAUGGGUGCUAGCGGUAAAGGCUUUGCGCCUCCGUCUAGACUCGGUCCCGCUAUACAGAGUCAAGCCACCGAGGAAGGUGAGAGCGCAGAUUCGGCGAAAAUGGAGGCGAGUGAAGCCGCAGAUGUGAGCUCAAGUCAACAAAAAGAUGAACUACCCCCCCGUACUUCCCAGGAAUCAAUUAUAGAAAAGGGACCCAGACCAAAAGGUGCCCAACCAGAGGGAGACGCUUUACCAGGAGGAACUGCUUCUUCGAGUAGAAACAGUUCGAAGAAAAGCCAUUCUGGGAUGUUAUCAGAUUCGUCUGGUAGUGGUUCCGAGGAAGCAGCUACGAGUAGCAGUAGUAGUUCCAUCGAUGGUAUUGUUGAUCGGCAUGAGGAAGCUAUCUUAGAUGCGUCGAGAUCGCCCGACGACGUACUCCUAGAAGAAGACGAGAUUGAACCAGACGACAAAAGUAGCAGAACGAACAAAAAACCCCUGAACAAGAUGAACUCCCAAGCCCAACAAGAAGUAGAAGAGGCUUCAACAGUGUCUGUGUGUAGUACACCGACUGCAGCUAGUACGAGUGCUACUGCCGCAAGUACCCCAGCUUCGACGACGCCGAGGGACAAGGGACUAGUACAAGGAAAAGAGGGUGGUGUCAAAAGUGGUCCUAGUAUAAUUAUACUAGACAAUGCCGCAACGCCGUCAUCCUCCUCCUCCUCGAGGAGAGGUUCUAGUAGCAGUUCGAGCUUCAAGCGCAAUAUCCCAUCUGGAGGAGGAGGUGGGAAAACGUCGGCCGCUGGCCCUGGUGGUAAAGUUAAGGCUCAGCUUUCAAUGGUCAUUGGGGUUGGUCACUGAGAUCCCUCUUGAGAGAACAGGGAAAAAUGAAGGAAAAGCAAAGGGAGAGGCAUGGGGCCCAUUUCUUUCAGAGUCAGUGACCAUUGAAUGCUGAGCUUUAAUAAAGGUGGCACAUCUGCAGCAUCCUCGCAACCGCACCAGCUUCCCACGUCCUCGCGCAGUGGCCCUGCCAGGGUCCCUGCUGAGUGGAUGCUAGCAGAAAACGCCAAAUCCAUCGCGCGGUUUCGCAAAGUUUUGAUACGGAAGCAUUUAGGCUUACUUCAAGGCCUGCAAGAGGCUUUGCAGUUGGGAAAAACGCAGUACGAACCCUUAGUCGAGGUGUACCGCAAUUGCGUCCAUAUGAACGAAUCAAUCGAAUUCCGGAAAAUCCUAGUGCAGCGAUUCAGCAGUGGCAAACAACGUUUGUUAAUCGUUCGCGAUUUGAUCGCAGCACUCUUGCUAUCAGGAUUGUUGGACGCUAGAUGUCGAGUCAUCAUGUUCCGAGUAGCGGCACGGGGAUUUGAUGUGAGCGUGAUAAAUUGCGAAGCGUGGGAGAGGGAUAUAGGAGGCGCACUGUUCAAAAUUCUCAAAACCGAUCAAUCUCAAGUAGAUAACAGCUCAAAGUACUGGAAAGUGGCUGGCGGUGUCAUAGGAGGAGGCUUGCUGCUGGGUUUGACGGGAGGUAAUUUGAAUUUUUUAAGUCUUUUUUCACAUGUAUUACUAACUGGAAUGGAUAAUCAACAGACCCUGUCAGUCUGCCAUCAGUCGCUUGAUAAGCAACAGACAUGUAUUGCUAACCCUGUCAGUCUUCCAUCAAUGAGGAUGCGAUGUUUUCUCACUAAAAUAAACCUAGGUCUCGCUGCCCCAGCCGUCUCGGUGGGUUUAGGCGCCAUCGGAUCCGCAGUUGCUGGUGCCGGCGCCGCCGUUGGUCUCGGUGCAGCUGGUACUGCUGUUGCGGGUACUCUUGGGGGCGUCGGCGUCUUCUUAUCCUCCCUCGGAACUGCUGGCGCUGUAGCAGUUUUCGGAACGAUUGGUGCAGGCCUGACCGGUGUCAAACUGGGCAAGCGUUUUGGGGAUCUAGCUGAGUUCGUGUUCGUCCCGAUGAGCGAAGAGCGGAAAAUCACUAGCAUCAGUGGGUUCGGAAAUUUCCACUAUAUUCAGCGGUUGCAGCUGUUUUUUGCUGACGGGCGGUUAGUCGAGUAUGGGGAUGAAGAUGACGGAACCGUUUUCGACGCCUUCUGCUUGGAUGCCGACGAAUACUUGGUCAAAGUCGAAGGCUAUUUCAGCGAACCCGACAACCGCAAGAAUCUUGGGUACCGAUUAGAGUUCACGACAAACAAGGGCAGACUAGGAAAAUUCGCUACUACAGGAAGCUACUUGCAGUUGGAGAGUACGAUUUGGAAGUCAAAACAAGCACCGCCAAGGGAGCAAAUUGUGGGUCUCAAGUUCCGCAGGAACCGAUUGCAGGGUUUAGAAACCGAACCUAUCACUGCGACUACGGCGGGCGAAUCGGGGGCAGUGCAGUUGGUUGUAUUCGUCAGUGGCUGGCUCAAGGAGGAGUCGCAAGUCACCGAAACCUGGCGCAGAGUAGCAGCGCAGCACUUUCCUAAGAGUGACCAUUUUUCUUUGAGGUGGGAAACUGCGCAAUUGAUGAAGCUAGGAAGCGUCCUCUCAGACACCGUGAAGAGCUACGUUGGAGAAGCGGCAGCUAAUCUGUGGGUGCGUGCUACUGUAGCCACCGUCUCGGUUUCGGCAGCCUAUGCGAUUGUUUGGCCAUGGUACAAACUACAUUUAUGGAGAUUCAAUUCUUCAUGUACUUACUUAUAAUUAAUAUGUGCAUGAGUCCUCGUGGUUAGAUUCAACGUUUUUGUAUCAAGGAGGACUCAACAAGAUUUUAUCUGAAUCAUAUAGUUUGAAUAAUCCUAUUCUCAACAGAACCCCACAGUGAACUCCUUCUUCCCUAUGCUUCCACAGGUACAUUCUCAACAGAACCCCAAAGUGAAGUCUUUCUUACCUAUGUUUCCACAGGUACGUCGUCUCUUUCAUGAAAGAUUUGGAUCAUGAAUGGGCUGUGAUCAAAGAACGUGCCAAACUCGCCGGCCAAGCACUAGCUAACGCCAUUGCCGAUAGACAAGCUUUAGGCCAGCGACCUGUGGUUUUAGUCGGUCACUCCAUGGGUGCACGAGUUAUCUACUAUUGCCUCCAAGAAUUGCACGCUCUAGGCGCUUUUCAUUGCGUGAUGCACGCAGUGUUGUUGGGUACACCAUGCUCGCCGAAGGGUGAGGGGUGGGAAAGGGCGAGACAGGUAAAUACAUUUUUUUCAUCUUGUUCCUACUAACAAAUCGGUCCUUCCACCUUCGCUGUACAAUUUUCAGAUUAAAUCGUUUUCUGAGACACCUCCCUUCUCACCUCACAAAAAUCACUCCCAGGUCGUUUCCGGUCGUCUAAUCAAUGGCUACAUCACUUCGGAUUGGAUCCUUGGGUUCCUCUACCGUUAUAUGGAGUGGAAAAUUGCAGUGGCCGGGUUGGGACCUGUAACCGAGGCUCAGGGUGUGGAGAAUCAUGAUCUGUCGGAUCUAGUACAGUCCCAUGACGAAUAUCCCAGGAGAAUGGACGAGAUAUUCACGAGGUUGAAAUUCUACUGA